CCCUGGUCCGCAUGGAAAACAACUGCACAGCUGUAAAGGCCAAACCCAAAACCUGAUUCCAGAUGUCUGUGUCAACCAGGCAAAGCUUUGUAUACAGAAAACCACUGGACUACGAGUACAGCUGCAGGUCUUAUCAUGUCCACUUUGCAAUACAAAUAUUUGAACAUUGAAUAAGGAAUAGUCACCUGCAAGAAUAUGGGAGACCCCAAAACAAAAGAGGACAUGAUCAGACAUGAUGAGCAUAUCACUCUCUGGCCCAAUGGUAUUGAAGCCAUCAUCAGCUCAGACCUCUCUGUUUCUCAUCAGAACCAGCACAAGUUGAUGAUGAGAGGAACUAUGGAUUGGCCAGUGGAGAAACAACACUUGAUUAAUAACAACCCUGAAGAGAAAUCUGAGAACGACACCAUAAGGUUCUCCUUAGAUGGCAGUGCAUCAGGUACUAGUGCUCCAGGGCCCAGUCCUGCCUUUUUAGACACACUGAGUUCUCUGGGUGAACACACAGAUCACAUGCUCUUGCCUCACUCCUUACAUCAGAUAGCAGAAGCUUAUUUUCUUGAAGAGGACUAUCAUUGGGCAUUUCAGUUCCUGCAUUUGGAGAUGCUAUAUCAUGAGAGACUGCUUUCCAACUUGGUCUCUAUGCAGAAGGACUGGGAAUCCCAGUGGAAGGCUGUAUCUCAAGUCAAUAACUGUUCUCAUGUGACAAUCCACUAUACCGAGACUGAGGCAAAGCGCAUGAACUCUCUGAAACGCAUCUGUAGAACACACCAAAGACCUAAUCACAGUGUGGAUAAGGUAAGAUAUAAAGUUCUCCUCUGUUUUUGCACAAAUUCUGAGUUGUUUUUUUUUUUUAAUAACAUGGCUUGUCUGAGACUGAAAAAGCAGGUAAUCGAGGAGAGUGUUACAGUUCAGCAGACAAGUACAGGAAAUCCUUUUCAAAUGAAGGAAUGGACAGAGCAGCCAUGGACUGACCCAGAAGAGGAAAAUGGGGAUGAAGAAGAGAACACAGAGGAGGCUCUGGAUGCUGAAAGUUUGCCAGAGGUGGUGCAGGAGGAGGUGGCCAGAAGACAGAAGUUAUCUGGGGAGGAAUUGACUGAGCUAGUUGAAGUUGAGGAGACCUUUCCCUCCAGUGGUCUCAUCUCCAUCUUGAAGAAGAGAGCAUGUCCCGAGGAAUGCAGUCCUGUCAGUCCCUCUCCACCUAGAAGCUCCUCCAAAUUCAAAGUCCGCUUCAGUGAAACAGAUGCCUUACUGGAAAAUGAUGAAGUGGGUGAAGACUCCUGUUUGUUCUUCCUUGUCCUGUGCCUGGUAAUGGUGGUCAUCAGCAUGGGCAGUACCAUGCUCUACUGCUUCCUGGGUGGGGCUUAUUCAAAUAUUUGCAUGGAUUUCUCACACAACAUGGACUUUUACUUUGGAUUUCUAUACCGAGUGGUGGACACUCUCACACCCUGGUUCAUUCCUGCAUCAUCGUAGUUCUGUUGCACUGGUAACACACUCCUGUUUUUUCUUCAUCCGAUGUUUUCAUCGUCAAACAGCAGAAACAAA